AUGCAGUACUUUGGACGGGCCAUUGAUACUGUAUCGAAGACUUGGUCGUCUAUCAAUCCUGCCACACUAUCUGGUGCAAUAGAUGUGAUAGUGAUAGACCAUCCCGAUGGGACACUGGCAUGUUCACCAUUCCACGUUCGUUUUGGUAAGUUCCAGAUACUGAAACCGUCACAGAAGAAAGUAGAGGUGAUCGUGAACGGGAAGUCUACAAAUAUACCGAUGAAACUUGGUGAUUCCGGAGAAGCAUAUUUUGUGUUUGAGACUACGUCAGAUCUUGAUGGUAUACCCCAGGAUUUAUUGUCUUCACCGAUAGUCAGUGCGACGAGUAGUCCAUCUCAAUCCCCACACUCCAACAACAUGUAUUUGGAUAGUGACAGUGCAACCGAAGCAGGCAACACUCGUCCAUUUCAAGGGGACCACAAAGUCCUUGAAGAGCCUGAUUUCCUCGAUAUCAAUGAUACAGGAACCACCGAUGAGCAGCAAAUCUCUCCAAACAUUAGUAAUAGUUCUAGUCCCACGCCUGUCUCGAAAACGAAGACGUUUCAAGAGAAGUUGAACAAACGGUUAACUCAGAUUCAUAUUCCCAGUAAACUGGACAAUAAUGGUGACUUGCUCCUAGAUAUAGAAGGAUACAAGCCGAACAAAGACAAGGUACACGAUGCUGACAAUCAGCUUAAACAACUACUGCAAGACGAGCUAGGUGGCGAUUUGGAUAUUUCAAAGUUUUUAAAGGAGGAUGACAAAGGAAAUGUGCGAAUUGUGAAUCCGUAUGAACAUACCCAUCUAGCUCCUGCAGAUUCUCCUCCAUUCACAUCGGAUGAAUCAGGGUCUAAUUUAGAUUCCAGGCCUGACACGUCAGAUUCGCUAACGGCUGCAUCAGACGCCGAGAGCCAAAACGAAUCUAAACAUGAGAUUGAAGGCUCUUCUGGAAAUCAUUACAUCAAGACCUUGAGGUUGUCAAGCGACCAGCUCAAAUGCCUGGACUUGAAAUAUGGUGAGAACGAUCUUAUGUUUUCAGUGGAUCAAGGUAGGGCGUCAGUGACAUCAAAGUUAUUUGUAUGGCGGUGGGAUGUUCCCAUAGUGAUCAGCGACAUUGAUGGUACGAUCACAAAGUCAGAUGCGCUAGGUCAUGUCAUGACGAUGUUUGGGAAAGAUUGGACCCAUUCGGGCGUAGCCAAGCUCUUCACGGAAAUAGCACGCAACAAUUACAAUAUCAUGUAUUUGACCGCUAGAAGUACCGGUCAGGCUGAUUCGACUAGGAGCUACUUGCGGUCAAUUUUGCAGGACGGGAACAGGCUUCCCUCUGGGCCUGUCAUACUGUCGCCGGAUCGCACCAUGGCUGCUCUUAGACGCGAGGUGAUCUUGAAGAAACCUGAAGUCUUCAAGAUUGCCUGUCUUAACGAUAUCAGGUCGCUUUAUUUCAGAGCUCCCCAGAAGACUUCCAAGGACUACCAUUCUGACGGAGCCGAGGAGAGGAAAAUACAUGAAGAUGAAAAUGUGGUGGAAGACCCUGACGAGAGACCCACUCCUUUUUUCGCAGGUUUUGGAAACAGAAUUACUGAUGCUCUUUCCUACAGGACGGUUGGAAUCCCUAGCUCUAGAAUCUUUACAAUCAAUCCGGACGGAGAGGUCCACAUGGAACUGCUCGAACUGGCAGGAUAUAAGAGUUCUUACGUUUUCAUCAAUGAACUUGUUGACCAUUUUUUCCCGCCUGUGAUUUUGGACAACGAUGACCUUGGCAGCAUAACAUCAAUGACCCCGGGAUCUCCGGCGAACAAUACUCUGGACAUGGACAGCAAUUGUGACAGUAAUAUUCUGCUGCGGAAGAAGCAGGAAAAGAAGUUCACAGACGUUUAUUUUUGGAGAGAUCCAAUCCUCGACAUCAACGACCUUUCCGAUAUAAGUCAUAGCGAUGAGGAAAAAGACAAUGGCGCUUUACCAAUGAAAUCUCAGAGAUUUUCUCCCAAUAACAAGGCCAAGGAUGCACUAUUGAAGACAGAUGACCAUGAAAGGUUCGCGAAAAACGUCAAAUCGAGGAGCCUGUCCAAGGAGGAGCAAGAGUCGUUUCUCGCACGAAACAAUGCGCAAGAAGAAACAUACGCUAGAAACUUUUCAACCCCGAAGAAAAACCCCCGGCCAUCAAGCAAGGAAGAGCUGGGGAGACAGAUAUACCUGGAGCUAGGCUCGCCCCUGACUUCUCCGAAACUGAGCCACAUAGAUGUGCAAGAUAUCGAUAGCCAUUUGAAGAAUUUCUCGAUCACAAGGCCUACGCACCCGAUUGCCGGAGUCUCCAAGGUAAAUGUCAUGGAAGAUGGGCAUCAACCCGGCGACAUCAACAGUCCCACUUCUGGACGGAGUUUAAAUCAGGCAGAUGAUCUCGACGACGAUAUCGACAGUAUGGACGACGAAUUUGACGAGGAUGAAUUUAUAGAUUAA